AUGAAAAAUCCCCAAUUCUUCUAGCCCUAAUUUCCGGGAAAGCUCUCUCCGACGGCGCCGCCGAUUAACUCACCUCGACGGAUUAGAACGUCAGCUCGCCGACGUGCCACCUUGUAGACUGUGAUUUCCUUCCUUGACUGUGACAGAAUAUUGCCGGAUAGAUGCCGGGUGACGUUGAUGCCCACUCCCCUACUUACCUAAUUAUAGAGGCGAUAAUCGAACUAUAUCGGCUGAUUCAUAUGUUUCUAAUCAAACUACUUGUCAUCGAGAGACGGAGGAAAAGGAAACGAAAGCGUAGCACAUCAAUUCUUCGGUAUUCAAUGGUUGACAGAAUGCCUAACCAAGUAGAACACAUGAAUCGAUUAGUGGGUAUUACUGAUAUUGAUUGCAUGUCAAACUUCAGAAUGAACAGAAAUACAUUUGGUAAGUUAUGUUCAUUGCUACGCCAAGUAGGGUUGCUACAUGAUGGAAGAUAUGUAAAUGUGGAAGAGCAGGUAGCCAUUUUCUUAGCCAUUAUUGCUCAUCACAAAAAAAUAGGAUCGUUCGUUUUGAUUUUUUGAGGUCUGGACAAACUGUAUCACAAUAUGUCCAUAAAGUUUUGCACUCUAUUUUGAAAUUGCAUGAUAUUUUGUUGGUAAAACCGAAUCCGAUACAGGCAGAUUGCACAGACCAACGGUGGAAGUGGUUUAAGGUAAAUCAUAAUAUGAUUAUGUGGUUUGUAUAUGCUUUGGAGUGAUUAGUAUUUUUUAUAUUGUGGUUGCUAAUGCCUUCAUAUGAUUGUCUUGGUUUAUUGGAUGGAACCUACAUUAAUGUACUUGUUAGUAAUGAGGAUAAGCCGAGAUACAGGACACGGAAGGGCCAUAUUGCUACCAAUACGUUGGCAGUUUGUGAUACAAAUUUAAAGUUUACAUAUUUUUUACCCGGGUGGGAGGGAUCAGCCGCAGACUCAAGGGUAUUAAGGGACGCGAUCAACAGAGAGGAUGGCCUUAGAGUACCGAGAGGAAACUAUUAUUUGUGUGAUGGUGGAUACGCCAAUUCCGAAGGCUUCCUAGCACCAUACAAGGGAGUGAGAUACCAUUUGAAAGAAUGGGGUCAUGAGAAUCAGAGACCUCAGAAUGCGCGUGAAUUGUUCAACAUGAGGCAUUCAAGAGCACGCAACGUUAUUGAGCGUGCCUUCGGUAUAAUGAAGAUGCGAUGGGGAAUAUUAAGAUCAGCGAGUUAUUAUCCGAUAAAGGUUCAAAAUCGGAUUAUCAUGGCGUGUUUCCUAUUGCAUAAUUUUAUUCGUAAUGAGAUGGAGAUAGAUCCCAUUGAAGAACAAAUAGAAAUAGAAAUGCCUCACUUGGACUACGAGGACGAUGGCGGGCAUGCGGAUUUUGUAGAUAUCUUUGAAUCAACUGUGGAAUGGAAUCAGAAGCGCGAUGAAAUUGCACAAGCAAUGUGGCUAAAUUAUAAUGAAGGCGGGAUGUGAAGACUACCACAAGAAUGGCCAAAGUACCAGAGCUUGGUUUCUAUUUUAUAGUUGAAAUGUCAUGGUUAUAGGUUUCUAGUACCAUAGCUUGACUCUUUUGUGUUUUAUGUUUGGCAAGUGAGAAUUUAGUUAUGUCUUACUUUGAUGCAUUACUACUACAUUUGUCCUUGUUGACAAUCGACUUUUUUUAGUAUAAUCAAGUGUUUUGUUCAUGUGUUA